UAUUGGUUGCGUUAGGUUGCUCCUGUACCCAACCACCCAGCAGCGCAGUGGUCAUUCAACCCUUACUGCGCACUUAAAUACUAUCGUGCGAGUAAAGAAAUUAUUAAGCACGCUAGUUAUCAGUGACACCUCCACGUCUUCUGAAAUCCUAAUAAGGGAGAGAAAGGGCAAGAAUUGAGUGCGAAAACGAAAAAAAAGAAAAAAAAAUACACCACGAGGAGUUAGCAGGCCAAGUACUCUUCUGAAGGUGACAGCGAGGAAGAGUAGUGACCUGGGGGAAGUGGAAUUCAGAGUAAUAAAGAAGAGAAAGAGGAAAGAGACAAAAGUGAACGCGAAGGACGAGGAAUAGGGGAAAAAGAGAAGUUAAAGAAAGAACAGGUGGUUAAAGGUAGAGGAGGAGAAAGACUCCUGUCAAACCUCCUUAGAAGUGGUGUGCUGUGUCAGGGUCGCUGCUGAAGAGCCCGACGGAAAGAGAAGAGAAGACGCCUGCCACACCCACCACUACCCGCCCUGCCCUGCCCCACGCCGCAGAGGAGCACCACACCGCCACCAGUGACACACACACACACACACACACACAAAAAAAAAAAAAAAAAAAAAAAAAAAAAACUAAUCAACGCACAGACAAAAAGGUACAAAACCUAGAAACAAGACAAAUAAUCAAAAUGAACGGACGGGGCAAGUCUAUACGUCUGUGCGUAGUGUUCGUGAUGGCUGGCGUCCUGACAGUGAUGUGUUUGACGCGCACCACCGUCACCAUCCCCACCAGCGUCAGCCACUACCUUGAUAUUGUGAUCGCCAUCCUGAUGGUGGUGCUGAUGCUGUGCGUGCUGGAGCUGUGCCUGGGUGUGGAGCUGUGCAGUGACCCCUGCAGCUGCUGUUCCCGAGACGCCGAAGCGCAGGAGAGGGGCGCUCAACUCACCACACCUGACUACGGCCAGGCCCCGCCCUCCUAUGAAGUAAUAAUGAUGCAGGGCGGAUCGAGAAGCCAAGCUGGAGGAUCAAGGACGGCAGGAAGAGGGGGAAGAGGAAGAGGAAGAGGACGAGAAAAUGAGCCUCUCAAACGUGAUUUCAGUGUCUAUUUCAAACGCCAUUUUUCGGAAGAUUACAUCACCCCGCCCAUGCGGCCAUUCGUCACUCCCGGCGCCAGCGAGACGUCCAUUAUGUCCGCCAGUGAGUUGUGGCUGACGGUGGACGGCCUGCCCUCCUACGAGGAGGCGAUAGCGCGGCUGCGGGAGGAAGAGGAGGAGAUGGUGUUGAAGCUGCGGGAGGAGGUGGCGGAGCAGCUUGAGGAAGAGGAGGCGAGGGUGCGGCUUCAGGGAGAGUUAGUGGCGCAGCAAAUGGAGGAGGCAGCGGCGCAGCCUCAGUCACAGUUAUUAGCGCGGCUUGAUGAGGAGACUGAGGCGCGGCGUCAGGAGGAUGGGACAGGAUGAACAAAAAGCUCCACACCAUUACAGUGACCAUUACAGUUACAACAUGGCAGUACCGGGAGGCGUGUGCCAUGCUGUCCCGGGGCUGGUCGACCCUCGCACCGUGGUGCUCGCGUGCCGCCUCAUAUUAACAGAGCACGUUGUUUGACAGCUGGAACACAAUUCCAACGACCCAAACUCAAUAAUUAAUUGUUGUUUAUUUACUUGAAUGUAUGGCUCAGUAUAUAUAUGCUUUGGUAAAUAAUGUCCAAAUGUAUAAUGCUGACACAAGAGCAGGAUUGAACCAAAACUAAAUUAUCUAAGAAUAACAUGUCAAACAUUAAAUGUAUGUUGCAUCAGGAUAUCUUUUCUUCCUUAACUGGUAAAAAUGGUCAAAGAUGAAAGAUCAGACCCGACUAGACAGCUACCUGCCACACACACACACACACACACACACCUCGUAGUCUAGUGGUUUGCACGCUCGGCUCUCAGCCAAGAAGGGUUUGACUCUCAAGCACUGCGAGGCAAAUGGGCGAGCCUCUUAAUAUGUGGCCCCUGUUCACCUAGCAGCAAACCUGCUUGGUGGCCAGUUCCAGCUGCUCAGACAGUUGCUGGAGAUGGUGCUGGUGCUGCUGCAGGCUGGCAAUGGUGUCCACAAGGUCGUGGGACAGCUGAGUCUGCACGUGUCGCCGGUACUCCUCUCGGAGACGCUCCCCAGCACUACUUCCGCUGCCACCACUAUUGAUGCCCCCAUCCUGCCCCUGCUGCUGUUGCUGCUCCAAGUCUGCCAUCUGUUCAGAGCGGUUAGAACGUGCUACCACUGCAAGGUUCGCGAGCGCUGUCUGGAUUCAACGGCCAUGCAACUGAAGAAAUGUGCCCCCAGCGUGAACCACUGCGUGAAGAAGGUGACCCAUAGCAGAGUUACCGGAGUCGUGGUGACGGAGAGGUACUGUGGCGGACGUGACUUCCUCAACACGGCGAAGGACAGAGGCUUGGUGGAGGAUCGCUGCUACGUGGAGGAGGAGGAGGUGGUGCUGGUGGAAGGGAGGGACAGACGCACCUCCUCCACUGUUUGUUUCUGCUCCACAAACAUGUGCAACGGGCAGUCUUCCGUGAGAAAGCCUCCUCCACCACACUUAGUUCUCCUUUUCUUGAUCGUCUUGUUUGUCUUCCGACCAUCGUGACGUAUGUUGUGACUUGUGAGCAAAUGGUGGUGAUUCCUGCGCCAGACUAGCUGUGAUAAUACUUUGCUUUGUUGUGUGUGUGUGUGUGUGUAUGUGUGUGUGUGUGUGUGAGAGAGAGAGAGAGAGAGGACCCUGCCAAAUUCUAUAAUUCCUACAUAAUUCAAAGGGGCCAAGUUGUACUCUACUGUAUCAUAUCAGUGGUUGAAACUCUUUAUACCAAGCAUAUCAACAGCAACAGCCAGCGUCUCGUCUCCACAGCAGGCGGCCACGCACGCAACGCACUCAUCUUGCUGUUACGUAAUCAUCAUGUCUUUCAUUUUUCUUGUAAUUAUUUAUCAAGAAAACAGAUAAAUAAAUAAAAGUCAUUGCAUAGA